AUGACGUUUUGUGUGAACUCACCCAGCAAUCAGCUGAAGAAGGGUGAUAAGAACGGGAAGGGCCUGAGUCAUUUCUCCAUGAAGGCGUGUGCGAAGGUGCAGAAGAAAGGCAACACUUCCUACAACGAGGUCACCGACGGACUCGGACCCUUGAUCCGCUGGAUUGGCCUGCCCACCAACUCAUCCCAGGAGUGUCAAAACCUGGAGGUGGAUAAACAGAAACGCCUGAAGAGGAUCAGGCAGAAGAGAACUCAACUGGAUGAACUCAUACUGCAGAAAAUCUCUUUCAAGAACCUAGUGCAGAGAAACAAAGCCAGUGAGGCUUCCUCCCUGGCCCUUCCCCCUUCCAGCUCUGUCAUCCAGCUCCCCUUCAUCAUCUUCAACACCGACGUACGCACUGUCAUCGACUGCUCCACCUCCAGCGGCAAUUACGUGUCACCUCAAUGUCUUCACCCUCAUGCCUUUUGCAAAGACGACUCCAGAUCACUUAUUACUGAAUCACUUAUCCAAAUGCCCCAGUAG